AUGAUGCAAUCUCCCCUCCUCACAGCCGCCCUCUCCUCCUUCUCCGCCUGGGGCGCCGUUCUCCUCUCGCCCAUCACCCUCGACCCUUCCUCCUCUUCCUCCACUCCGAACGCCGCCCUUCUAAAAGCCACCCUCCUCCUCCUCGCCUGCCGCCUCCUGCUCGCCACCCUCCGUAUUUGGUCGGAACCCGACUCCAGAGACAAGGCCAUUCAAGCCCUCCUCUGGACAUGCAUCGGCACAAUCUCGCUGUGGAUGCUCGCGGUGUUGUUUGGAGCACCCUUGUUUGAGUUGGUUGAGGAGACGUGGCUGGCGGCCGCGUUUGUGGCGACGUUGGUGGUGUUUCCGGCAAGCUGUGGGGUCGGAGGAGAUGGGGAGGCGUGGAGGAGGGUGGUUUCUUCUACGGGGAGACUGAAAACUACAACCGAACGCCUCGCGUACUACCCGCUAACCCUCGGCAUCCUCGGCGCAUGGCUCGGGGCCGGUGCGCUUUCAUUGGAUUGGCAGACUGAUAUGCAGAGAUGGCCGGUCCCUGUGGUCUACGGCGCGCUGGUGGGCAGCUCGGCGGGGUAUGCCGUUGCGGUCGCGGCCGAUCAUGUCGCUGAAGAGGAAGGGCGGGCGUGA